AUGCCGGCUAGAGUACUAAUGCAAGAUUUUACUGGCGUCCCUGCUAUCGUGGAUUUAGCUGCUAUGCGUGAUGCUAUGAAAAAACAAUUACGGGACCCCUUAAAAAUUAAUCCUUUAAUUCCGGUUGAUUUGGUGAUCGACCAUUCAGUUCAGGUGGAUUAUUAUGGAGCAGCAGAUUCUUUUGCUAAAAAUGUUAAAAUGGAAGUACAACGAAAUAUAGAGCGUUAUAAAUUUCUAAAAUGGGGACAGGCGGCAUUUAAUAAUUUUAAAGUCGUGCCUCCUGGAACAGGAAUUUGUCACCAAGUGAAUUUAGAAUAUUUAGCAAAUGUGAUAUGGACUAAACAGGAAAAUGGAGCUACUAUUGCUUAUCCUGAUACUGUAGUUGGAACAGAUAGCCAUACCACUAUGAUUAAUGGGCUAGCUGUACUUGGCUGGGGAGUUGGGGGGAUUGAGGCAGAAGCGGCUAUGCUUGGUCAACCUUUAUCAAUGAUCUUACCAGAAGUAAUUGGCGUUAAGUUAACUGGCACUUUGCAAGGAAUAAUUACCGCAACUGAUCUAGUACUGACAAUAACGCAGAUGUUAAGAAAGAAGAAUGUUGUAGGUAAAUUUGUAGAAUUUUAUGGUAACGGAUUAGAUUCUAUGUCGAUAGCAGAUAGAGCUACUAUCUCAAAUAUGUCACCAGAAUUUGGCGCCACAUGUGGUUUUUUCCCGGUUGACAGUGAAACCAUCAAAUAUCUUAACUUUACUGCUAGAGACCCUAAUAAAGUCAAAUUAGUAGAGGAAUAUAGUAAAUUACAACACCUAUGGCGUGACCCAGAAAUUAUUCCUGAAUAUACGGAUAUAUUAGAGCUCGAUCUAUCUACUUUAGAAACUUCUCUUGCCGGCCCAAGACGCCCCCAAGAUAGGACUAAUUUACUAAAUGCUGCUAAUAGUUUUAGAGAACAACUACCUUCUUUCACUACGGAGAAUAAUAAUUUAAAUAUUAGAUAUCCUGUAGCUAAUACUGAUUUUACUAUAGGUAAUGGAGAUAUUAUGAUUGCUGCCAUUACUAGCUGUACUAAUACUUCUAAUCCUAAUGUAAUGAUUACCGCUGGGUUAGUAGCCAAAAAAGCUGUAGAGCUUGGUUUAAUAAAAAAGCCAUGGGUCAAAACUUCAUUAGCGCCUGGUUCCCAAGUGGUAACAGAAUAUUUAGAAAGAAGUGGCUUGCAAAAAUAUUUGGAUAUUUUAGGUUUUAAUUUAGUAGGAUAUGGUUGUACUACUUGUAUAGGUAAUUCAGGUCCGCUUAAGGAGGAGAUAGAACAAACUAUUACUACCAAUAAAUUAGUCGUUGUUUCCAUUCUAUCAGGUAAUAGAAAUUUUGAAGGGCGAAUUCACCCUUUCACCAUUGCUAGCUAUUUAGCUUCUCCUCCUUUGGUUGUUGCAUAUGCUUUAGCAGGUACAAUUGACAUUAAUCUUGAGCAGGAAAAACUAGGAGAAGACCAAUAUGGUAAAGGGGUAUAUCUUAAUGACAUUUGGCCUAGCCAGGAAGAGAUAAAAAAAACGAUUGAGGCCUCUCUCACUUCUCAAAUGUUUAAGGACAAAUAUAGUCAAGUGUUUAUAGGGGAUCAAGAAUGGCAGAAUAUUAAAGUUGUUAAAACUGAUACUUACUUAUGGGAUGCACAGAGUACCUAUAUUAAUAACCCCCCUUAUUUCCCAGAAUUACCUUCCGCGGCUAAUCAUUUGCAAGAUAUAGAGCUAGCAAGGAUAUUAGCAAUUUUUGGACAUUCAGUAACUACGGACCAUAUUUCUCCGGCAGGUAGUAUUAGCGCAACAGGUCCUGCUGCUAAAUAUUUAAUAGAACAUGGAAUUGCGCCUAAUGACUUUAACUCUUAUGGUUCCAGGCGAGGUAAUCAUGAAGUAAUGAUGCGGGGGACUUUUUCUAACAAUAGAAUUAAGAAUAUGAUAUGUGGUGGAGUGGAAGGAGGGGUUACUAUAAAUCAGCUCAAUAAUCAGCUAAUGAGUAUUUAUGAUGCCGCCAUGGAUUACAAAUUUCAUAGAGUCCCUUUAGUAAUUUUUGCAGGUAGAGAAUAUGGAUGUGGUUCAUCAAGAGACUGGGCUGCAAAGGGAACAAAUUUACUAGGAGUAAAAGCAGUAAUUGCCGAAAGUUUUGAAAGAAUCCAUAGAUCAAAUUUAGUUGGUAUGGGAGUGUUACCCCUGCUACUCAUUAAUUGCUCAGUGCAGGAUUUACAACUUAAGGGUACAGAAUAUAUUACUAUUAAAGGCUUGAAUAACGGAAUUAAGCCUUAUAAUCAGCUGAAUUGUAUUAUUAAAAGACAAAGUGGUAUAAUUGACACUAUUUCUGUAGUGUUGCAAGCUUUUACUGAUAAUGAGAUCAAUUAUAUUCAACAUGGAAGUAUAAUGCAUUUAGUAGUAAAAAAUUUAAAGGACGCAAAUGGACAAUGA